CGAAACUCUAGAGUUGCGUGUUUCUUUGCCUUUGAACACGUUUCCGAAGGAGGUUCAAGCGCAACUUCUAAAAGCCAAUCCUGCUGGUCUGGCAGUUGCAGUUCGAGAAGCGAUGGAAAAACGGGCUAAGAAAAGAGGACAAGAAACUGUCAUUUACUCGGG